AUGAAGGGUGUUAUGAGGUUCGACAAGAAAGGGAAAUGCAGUCCCCAGUAUAUUGGUCCUUACAGGAUAUCCAAGAGGAUUGGUAAUGUAGCCUACGAGUUGGAGCUACUGUCAGAGUUAGCAGUAGUUCAUACGGUGUUUCACAUUACUAUCUUGAAGAAGUGUAUGGAUGAUUCUUCGCUUAUUAGACCGACUGAAAAUAUUGGUAUUAAGGAUAGCCUGUCUUACGAGGAGAUUUUCGUUCAGAUUCUAGAUCGUCAGAUUCGAAAGUUAAGGACCAAGGAAGUAACAUCAUUCAAGGUCUUAUGGAGGAAUCAAUUUGUUGAGGAACCUACUUGGGAGGGUGAGGAGGAUAUGAAAAAGACAUAUCCACAUAUCUUUGAGCCCGGAGAAAUUCCCAAUGAAGGUAUUAAUUCUUUUCUUGGUACUUUUUAA